UUACCUUUCCAUCACUGCAACCAAACAGAGGAUAUAUCUUCUCUCGUUACCAUAAACCCCACUCUCUUCCUCCCAAAACCUCUUAGUCCACUGUGAAUCUUGCUCACAUAAAGGUUUUACAUCAUUUCCUUGUCGGAAUCCCUUCGAUAUUCUUGGCCCAUUCUUGCCUUUCUGGGGACUUGAGGAUUCAUCUCGAAGGUACAUUUUAACAAACACCUAGUCUCCAUUAUUUUUUCUUGGGUUUGAACAGCUUGUCUUUAUUACUCAAUUUCUUUGUGAGUCUUCUCAUUUCUCAAUUCUCACGACUCGGGACUCACCAUCACCACCAGUCAACUUUUUUUCUUUCCCACCAACUUUCAAAUCUAACCCUAACCCCACAAACCAAGCCCCAAAUCUAUCUACCAGCACCGUUUGCCAUUACAUCUCUUAAGGUCUCUUUUUAUUUUAUACGAACUUCAAGCGAAGCCUGUAAAAGUUCGAAAAUCAUAGCUCUUAGGUUCUUCUGUAUAUUUGACUUCAUAUUUGCCCCAUAUUUUGUAACCCCAUAUUUUGCUGUCGAAAAUCAUGGCUCUUAGGUUCUUCUAUAACCCCAUAUUUUGCUCUUGAUCUUUUUCUGUUUUUUGUUUUGCUUCUAUAAGUUUUGCAAAUUUUCAUAUUGCAAUUGUUGAAUUAGAGUUAAAUUUUUUAUUUGCUCAACUAUUGAAAUUAUAGUUUAAAAUAUGUGAGUUUAUUGCUGAAAUAUUGCUUGCAUAGUGCAAAGAAUUUUAAUUUGCUGAGAUAAAAGUCCAUAUUAGUUAAUUAAGUGCUGAAAUUGUUAAGACAUUGCUUAAUUUUCUGAAAUAAGUGUUACAAUUUAAUUAAGUAAUGGCUGAAAUUUGUGGGACCCAAGGUCUCCUCUUUGUAAUAAUUUAUAUUUCGCACAGUAAGUCAGUGUGGCUCGAGCCUGAACUAACAAAUGUGCUGAACUCGAGCUCGAGCUCGAACCAUAAACCGACUAAUACCCAUACUGAGAGUUCAGGUCAGGCGUCAAAUUGAGAUUGUGAGAACUGAGAGUUGAGUUUCUGAGACCACCAUCACUUCUUCCUAAAGAGACGACAAUCCCCUCCUUCCGUGAAUCCGCCGCCACGGCCGAGCCCGUCUCACCGUGGUGCCCAUCUCCUUUUCCGCCUUCCUUGAUAGGUGCCCGCCUCCUCAUCUCGCGUUGGCGUCACCCGAUUAGUUGUUGAUAAUGUGGAAUCAUCUGGAACUGAAGCACUGAAGCAGAUAAAAGCUUAAAGUUACGAGGUGGUGAUAUGAUAUUACAUGUCUGACUCUGCUGAGGCUACAACCAGACUUGAUGGAACUGUUUCAACAUAUAUACCUUGUCUUAAGAACUAUAGAAAUCUGCCUGAUUUUGAGUGGCUCAAAUCCACAAAUCUGAUACUAUGAUGAUAAGACUUUGGCAGACAACAUUGAGGUCUAACUUGUGAGUUUCUCGAUGCAACUUUCUUGGCCCAUCGAAUCUUGUAUGAAAACUUUCACCUUAUAUCUUUAUUUCUAGAGUAGAUACAACAUAUUCAAUCAUUCAACAUGAGGAGGACGGAAUUCAACAAACUAUGGAUGAUACAAAUCCGUCUACCAACUUAAAAAGACAUGAGCAUAGACACAACUGAGGUUGAUAAAGAAGAGGAUACUUCAUUGCCGAAGGCCAAAAAAAAAAAAAAUCAGCGGUUUGGUUAGAAUUUAAAGAAGUCAAGGAUGUAGACGGCACUAUAAACAUCCCUUGUAACCUGUUGCAAUACAAUGUUUGCGAAAGGCAAAGGUAAUCUAACAAUUUAGUUGCACAAACACUUGCAACACCGCCAACCAUUAUAACAAAAGCUACAAAGGAGAGAGGGAUUCAAUGCAAACACAACUUGGUUUUAUGCCAAGCAAUGUAGAUCUAACAUUUUAUCUAGCUUUGCAAGAUUGGAAGUUUGAAAUGGAAAAUAUGAAAGACUCACUAGCUCAUUGGAUAAUAGUGAUGCAAGAGAAAUCUUUCUCUGAAGUAGAAAACUAGAGAUUUGAUUUGUUUUGUAGAAGGGGAAUGCCUCGGUAGAGAUGAGUUUCAAGACCAACAAGAAGGUCAUAUUGUGUCAAUUUUUAUAAGGAAUCAGAAUCCUUUGUCAGAAAGUUGUGCAAUUUCGUCUUCUCGGCCUACACGAUAAUGUCUUUGUUGUUCUUGAAACUCCUCUCCAAGCAUUCCUCUUUUGCAAACAAAUUAAAUCUCUGUUCUUCCACUUUAAAGAAAGAUUUCUCAUGCAUCAUUAUCCAAUGAGCUAGUGAUUUUCAUAUUUUCUAUGUCAAACUUCCCAUCUCGCAAACCCCUUGAUAAGAUGUUAGAUCUACAUUGCUAGGCAUAAAACCAAGUUGUGUUUGCAUCGAAUUCUCUCUUUCCUUUGUAGCUUUUGUUAUACGAUGGUUGGCACAAUGUUGCAAGUGUUUGUGAAACUGAGUUGUUGGAUUACCUUUGCUUUUAGCAAAUAUCUUAUUGCAGUUGUUACAAAAGAUCUUACAGUGUCGUCCGUGUCAUUAAAUCUAAACAAACAUUUGAUUUUUUUGUCUUUUGGCCUUCGACAAUGAAGUAUCCUCUUUUUUAUCAACCCCCGUUGUGUCGGUGCUUAUGUCAAUAUCAUUUAAGUUGGUAGACUGAUCUUUAUUUGUUGAAUUCCAUCCUCCCGAGGUUGAAUCUGUUGAAUUUACUCUAGAGAUAUAAGGUGAAAGGUUAUCAUUUGGCGUCUCAUGAUCAUGAUCAGAUAUCCAACUAUCAAGUUUCACAUAUGCAACAUAUCCAACUAUCAGUGCAAAUAGAAGCACUCAUCCAAAUUCAUGAACACAAAUGUGAGAAGAUUGUUCCCCACCUGCAAAGGUGUGCCCUUUUUGAAGCUUUGGUUGUCCACAAGCUGUUACCUCUUACAUUCUCAUGAAGUGAGCUGCAUAGGCACCUUAUCACAUGGCACUUAUGAGAGGAACAGAGAGAUUGAUUUUGAGAUUCUAUUUAAUGCUUGCACAACAUUGGAGGUUGCCAAGCGCCUUCAUGCUCUUCUUAUUGUGUCAGGGGAAGUCCAAAGCAUUUUUGUUGCCACCAGGCUUGUCAACAUCUAUUCCCAUCUCGGCGAUGUUUCCUCAUCUCGGGAUAUUUUCAAUGAAGUUCCAAGAAAAGAUGCCUAUACUUGGAACUCAAUGGUAUCAGCUUAUGUCCGGAAUCGACGUUUCAGUGAAGCAGUGGAAUGUGCAUAUGAAAUGCUGUCGAGUGCUGAUGCUAGACCUGAUUUCCAUACUUUCCCCCCUGUGUUGAAAGCAUGUAAUUCUUUACUUGAUGGGACCAGGUUGCAUUGCUGGAUUUUGAAAUUAGGGUUGGAAUGGGAUGUCUUUGUGGCUGCUUCCUUGGUGCAUAUGUACUGUCGUUUUGGCUUUUCUGGUAGUGCCUAUCUAAUAUUCAAGGAUAUGCCAAACCGUGAUAUGGGAUGUUGGAACUCUAUGAUUUCUGGAUUUUGCCAAAAUGGCAAUGCUGAGGCGGCAUUGAGCAUCUUGGGUGACAUGGGAUUGGCGGGAGUAGAGAUGGAUUCGGUGACCGUUGCAACUGUUCUCUCUAUCUGUGCACAAAUGAAUGAUAUAUUACAUGGGGCGUUGAUCCAUUUGUUUGUGAUAAAACAUGGUUUGGAGUUUAACGUCUUUGUUUCAAAUGCCUUAAUUAACAUGUAUGCCAAAUUUGGUGAACUGAAAUGUGCCCAAAAUGUCUUUGACCACAUGGAUGUUCGAGAUUUAGUGUCAUGGAACUCCAUAAUUGCAGCAUAUGAGCAAAAUUAUUAUCCAUAUGAUGCGCUCAAAUUCUUCCAUCAGAUGCAAUCAAAUAAAGUGAAACCUGAUUUACUGACAAUAGUGAGCUUGUCUUCCAGUGUUGCUCAGACCAAGGACUUUAUAAGCAGCAAAACAAUUCAUGGAUACAUCAUGAGAAGGUGUUGGAUUAUGGAAGACACUGUGGUUGGAAAUGGAGUUGUUGACAUGUAUGCUAAAUUAGGCAUUAUUGACUCAGCACUCAAGGUUUUUGAGGAACUUCCUCGUAAAGAUGUAAUCUCAUGGAAUACAAUGAUCACAGGUUAUGCUCAAAAUGGUUUUGCAAGUGAGGCCAUUGAGGUGUUCUGCAGGAUGAAAGAAAACAAUGAUUUGACACUUAACCAAGGGACAUGGGUGUCUAUUAUACCGGCUUAUGCUCAUUUGGGAGCUCUCAGAGAUGGAAUGAGAGUUCAUGGUCAUGUUCUCAAAGAAGGCCUUGACUCGGAUGUCUUUGUGAGUACUUGCCUUAUUGAUCUUUAUGGAAAAUGUGGGAGACUGGGAGAAGCUCUGUCUUUAUUUUAUGAGGCAUCUAAGGAAACCUCUGUCCCUUGGAAUGCGAUAAUAUCAUGUCAUGGACUUCAUGGACUUGGUGAGACAUCUCUGAGGCUUUUUAGGGAUAUGUUAAAUGUAGGUGUCAAGCCUGAUCAUGUGACCUUUUUGUCGUUGUUGACUGCCUGUAGCCAUUCAGGUUUGGUUGAUCAGGGCAAGUGGUGUUUUCAUGUGAUGCAGCAAGAAUAUGGAAUCAAACCUACUUUGAAGCAUUAUGGCUGCAUGGUAGACUUGUUUGGUAGGGCUGGCUUAUUGGAAAUAGCAUAUAAUUUCAUUGACAGUAUGCCUUUGAGACCGGACGCUUCCAUAUGGGGAGCUCUGCUUGGUGCAUGUAAAAUCCAUGGAAAUGUUGAAAUGGGUAGAAAGGCCUCGAGUCACUUGUUUGAAAUUGAUUCAGAAAAUGUUGGAUACUAUGUUUUGUUGUCAAAUCUUUAUGCAAAUUUUGGGCACUGGGAAGGGGUGGGUGAAGUGAGAUCAUUGGCUAGGAAUAGGGGUUUGUGGAAGACUCCUGGGUGGAGCUCAAUUGAACUAAAUAAUAGGAUUGAAGUCUUCUAUACAGGCAGUCAAUCUCACCCGCAGUGUGAAGAGAUAUAUAAGGAAUUGGCAAUACUAAAUGCGAAAAUAAAAGGCCUUGGUUAUACUCCAGACUAUAGCUUUGUACUGCAGGAUGUUGAGGAUGAUGAAAAAGAAAAUAUCCUUGCUGGUCACAGUGAGAGAUUGGCGAUUGUGUAUGGGAUUCUCAACACACCCCCUAAAACUUCCAUUAGGAUAUUCAAGAACUUGCGGGUAUGUGGAGACUGCCACAGUGUAACAAAAUUCAUAUCAAAGCUUACGGAGCGGGAGAUUAUUGUAAGGGAUUCUAAUCGCUUUCAUCACUUUAAAGACGGACUUUGUUCCUGUGGUGAUUAUUGGUGACAAGUUCAUUGCCAUUUCUUGAUUGAGAAAUUGAUCAACAGUAUCGAUGCCAUUCAGAGGAAAUUCUGACUGCCUGGUGUUUUCUCUGUUGGGAGUGAGAUCCUUGCAAUAGACACCUAAUUACACACUCUUCAUGUCUGAUCCUGGGAGAAAAUAUCAUCACAUUGGUGGUGUUACACUGGUGGUUAUAUUGUGAAUAUUCUCUGUUGAUGAACCUAAAUCUUUAGGUCAUGUGUAAGUGCGAUGCUCUUUCCUGCUGGAGCAUGAUCCAACUAAAAGAAUCACAAAGCUUUACAAUCUUAGUGUCUAGCAUCAGAAAAGAAACUGAAGGACACUGAGAAGAGACUACCUGCUGUGUUUCCGUCUCAGGACGCUGAGAAAGAAGCAAUUGGAGCCAGCGAUGGAAAAGAGUCAAAACUGUGGUUCCAUGAGGUGAAAAACCAAGAAAACUUCAAAGUGCCAUCCCCCCUCCACGGACAAACAGGUAAAUAAAACAGAGACAACUUGAGACAAUAAGAGUUGCUGCAGAACUCAAAUUGUUAAAACUUUGAAUUUGUACAAGUGGUGUUAAGCUUUUCUGUAUUCUGUGGAUGCUGGAAAAUCCUCUUGUAUCAAAUUGUUGGCAGAGCUGCUGCAAAUAUAUAAUUAUCAGCAAAUUUGUUGCUGCCUGGCUUGUACUUGAACAACUGCGUUUAACACCUUGUAGAUAUGAAAUUAUUAGUAUAUAUCUUUGAUGGAAAAUUCUGAUCCUUGGUUGAAUCUAC